AUGACAGUAGGUAGUGCGACACUUGAAGAUGUUGCUGAAAACCGUGGUCCGAGUCAGCCACUCAUCGCCCGAACGCAACGGCUGCGCCGGCGUAAGAAUGACCGUGAACCUAACGAGACGCCAACAGUUUCUGUUAGUGGUGGCACACUACACACGGUACCAGUCUCCAGUAGAGAACAACAGCAUGCCGAGGGUCUGGACCAACGAGCGCAUACCUCAACGGACUUGGCGCUUCCGGGCAAUGGCACUUUGGUGAAAGCCGUUACGGAUGGGAUGUGUGCACAUGUGUUUCCAACUCAGGCAAUCAGGGAACAUCCUUUAUACCGACUUCCAACUCUCCUGCCAGGAGUGAACAUAGGGCGCUUUGACUGGGAGGCCGCCCUGCAGUCUUCAGCGUUUCCCCGGAAAGUGCCACAAAAGCUGUUGGAAAUCCAAAAAAUACUCCGCAAACGGGUGCUUUCUCAAGACGACGCCAAUAAGCUCAAGAAGUUGGCUUCGGACCUCUUGAUGUUUGCAGUCUCCACUAAGGAGAGUCGUCUGGUGAGGGUCUCCUGUGGUGAUCUGAUAGCACCACUAUCAUUUCGGUUCCUCGUAGCAGAGGCAUUGUGGUGUGCCUGUGAGAUAUUGGGACCGGCAGCAGAGAAGCACCAUUGGUGGGAUUCAGCGAUGGACCAGCUGACUGCAUCGCCAUUGUUCCAGGGGUCGUCUGAGUCAGAGAAGUGUGUGAAAUCGGAACAGUUUGUGCUCCAGCUUAUUGCUGCACUCUCCGUGUACCGGAAAGGCGAUCGACCUUCACCACAAGAGGUCAUGAGCAUCAAGAAGACGAUGUUUGGGCCACCGCCGGUGCACUUUUGCUUCACCGCGAUGGUAUGGGAUUGGUGGAGAAGGGACUUGGCUAGCUCUGACCAAAGGAAGUAG